CUCCCUUCAGAACCCGGGAAAAUUGAGUAAUAAACGUCCAUAAACCCUAGAGAGAGAAACUGAAGAAACUAUUUCUUUGUCCAGCCAGCCAUUCUUCCUACUUGUUUCUUCAAAGCUAUCAUUGCCGUGCCUUUGUUCCAAAUCACCUUGUUUCCUGGCUUCGAUUCCAGCUCCCAGAAUCCAGACUUGCGCGUCGAUUUUGGAAUCUCAAUCUCUGCUACUUCUCCAUUCUAACCCACACAUUCUCUGCGCUUAUUCUGGGUUGUGGGUGGGUUUGAUCACUAUAGUUUAGCAUGCCAGGACCUCAACUUCUCGUGGACGAGUUCGUCUCACAGCUUCGGAAACGGAAAGUGGAGGGUUCCCAAGCAACCGCUCAACUAACAGCGGAGUUGCUUCGGACUGUAAUAUCUCAACUGAGGGCCGCUGAGGCUCCUAUUCUUAUUGAAACUGUGAGAAAAUUUGGCAGGGAGUUAAUUGCUGCUAAUCCCUUUGUGGAGACUUUUGUACUUCCAGAGCUUUCUGUGGGGAACAUUGUAAGGAGGGUGUUGCGUAUCAUCAGAGAAGAAGAUGCAUCAGGAGUAACAGAUGGUUUGCCAUCCGAUGGUGAUAACCAAGAGACAGCUGAUUAUGCAGAUGGUCAAGUUUCCAGUGCGGAUGUUUUGGCUACUAGAAGGUUGUUGCGGUCUCCUUCACUGCAUGGCUUACUUGACCGUGUCUCCAAUGCGCAUACUGACGAUAUGGGAGGCAAAAGAAAAGCACCUGCUGAUAAGAAUGCAAAAGCCUGGAUGUUGAAGCAUAAUGUGAUGGAAGCAAUUAAUGAGCUUGUUGAAGAGAUAAGUGGUUGUCACCAACAGAUUGCAGAGCAAGCAUUGGAGCUCAUUCAUCACAAUGAGGUGAUUCUGACUUUUGGAAAAUCAAAAUCUGUGAUGGAGUUCUUGUGUGCAGCAAAGAAGAAAAGAUCAUUCAGGGUUUAUGUCGCUGAAGGAGCUCCUAAGUCUGAAACUCCCAGCAGUUUACUUUGCACUGUCUUUCUUUCUUCCUAAAUCUUCUCUUGGCUAUGCCAUUCUUUAUCGCCACUGAUUCAUUUAACAAUUUGGCUGUCACAAGGUACCAAGGACACUGCUUUGCGAAGGACCUAUCUGCAGAAGGUUUUAGGACCACUUUGAUCACAGAUUCUGCAGUAUUUGCCAUGAUUUCACGAGUGAACAUGGUUGUGGUUGGAGCUCAUACUGUUAUGGCUAAUGGUGGGAUCAUAGGUCCAGUUGGGUUGAACAUGCUCGCACUUGCAGCCAAACAACAUGGUGUUCCGUUCGUUGUAGUUGCAGCCACUCACAAGCUAUGCCCUUUAUACCCAGAAAACCCAGUAGUUCGGUUGAAUGAACUCAAGUCGCCAUCUGAUCUCCUCCAGUUUGGGGAAUUCUCAGAAUGCAUGGAACUAGCACCCGAUAGCAGUGCUUGUGUACUUAACGUCGUAAACCCUGCCUUCGAUUACGUUCCACCGCAGCUUAUCAAUCUUUUCAUCACAGACAUGUAAGUGAAAAAGAUCGACGCUUUUCCUCGUCCUUUCAAUCAUCCUGCUAACCUUUCCUAGUUUCCUAUAUAUGGUCUUUUCUUAUUUUGAUUUUAUGCCCUUGCAGAGGAGGACACAACCCAUCGUUCAUGUACAGAUUGAUUGCUGACUACUACUCUGCCGAUGAUUUCAUCCUCUGAAUAAAAUACCAAAUUGCCAACAGCUCAAGCCGUCAAAACAAAUGCGACGGAUCUUCUGGCAUUCAAUGUGAAGAAUUACAAACAGUUUUGCCGCCUAGCUUCGACUGACUAGAAACAUGGGAUUCUUAUGAUAAGAAAGUUGUUGAAUGUAAUGAGGAACCUUGAGAUUUCAUACAGAAGAAAAUAUGGAAAGAAUCUACCGAAAGUUCAGAAGAAAGGAACUUCUUAUCGGGAAGUUUACACCUUGCGCAAGAUCAACGCCCGGCAUUCUUCUCGACGGUCUUCAAAGCUUUAGUGCGUAGUCGGAGCUUGACGUAGGCACGUAGCAGCGCUUCCCCUGUCUCCCUCCCACCAAACCUUCUUCUGCUGCAAGUUUACACGAACUCGCAUUCAAUCCCAAACUCCAUUUUUGUUCCCCCCGCGCCUUUCUCCAUUUCUCUUUCACAUCCGGAUCCAGCGGGCCAGUUGGGUCGGGUUCACAAUCCCCGGAAUGUGAGCCCGUUCCGUCUUCAAUAUGCUCGCCACCUCCGCAUAGCUCCGCUCCUCGUCUUCCUUCUUCUUCUUCAUCAUCCCCUCCUCGGCGGCCGCCGGCUUCGCUCCGCCUCUCCUAAUUCUCCGGCUAUCCGCCGCCUCCGUCGACUUCGCCGGGUCAAACUUCUCACCGAGAAUCGUCCCUCUCGUUAGGAACUCGUACGCUAGGUACCCGGCAAGGAGCCCGUUGUUGGAUGAAGGGCUCAGCGUGGGAGACGGCGGCGCCAUAUUCAGCGGCGGCGGCGGCUUGUGGAGGUAGUCGAGCCGAGCCGAUGGCUUGGCAGCUGAAUAAAACGCUGGCGUUGAUUCUCUGUCUUUCCGCUUCCUGGAAUCGCCAGGUGGCAGCAUCUUGCGAAUCGGAUGGGCGGGGGAAAGAGAAAAAAAGGAACCGGUAUAACUGAAAAGCGAAGGAGAGAGGGAGAGAAAGGGAGGCUAUUUGUGGGCAAUUAGAAAAACGGGAAACUAAAAUCGGAGCAGCUCGCCGAGACGGCGGCGGAGAUAACGAAUCGAGAUUCGAGAGGGAGAGGCUUUGCGAAGAAAUUGGAGCGGGAGAAAUGGGAGCAAGAAAAA